CGAAGCCCUCGAGCAUUCAGAGUUGCAAGGGCCGUUCACUCAACCAAACAGCCACCACGACUACCACCUCCUUCUUCGGAGACAGAGAGAUCAUUCAUAGUAACUCGACGGAUUCAUCUUCUUCAGGUUGCAGAACAAUGGGUGCAGCAGGUGGAAGAGCGGUUCAUUCUCCUUCCAAAAGGGUGGAAGCUGGCCCCCUGAAGCGAGCUCCAGUUUCGAAGCCAACAUUCACUCUCAGCCAGGUCAAGAAAGAGAUCCCGCGUCAUUGUUUCCAGCGUUCUGUUAUCCGCUCAUUCUCAUAUGUUGUUUGUGACCUCACAAUUGUCACUCUCUUGUAUUAUGUCGCCAAAUCUUAUAUCCCCAUGCUUCCGCCCUCGCUCUCUUGUCUGGCUUGGCCGGUUUAUUGGGGCCUUCAAGGCUGCAUCUUAACUGGUGUUUGGGUUAUAGCUCAUGAAUGUGGCCACCAUGCCUUCAGUGACUACCAAUGGCUAGAUGACACUGUUGGUUACAUCCUUCACUCUGCCUUGCUUGUACCUUACUUCUCCUGGAAGUAUAGCCAUCGCCGCCAUCAUUCCAACACAGGCUCUCUCGAAAAGGAUGAAGUCUUUGUCCCCAUAGAGAAAGCCGGUGUCAGAUGGUAUUCCAAGUACCUUAACAACCCACCCGGGCGAAUCCUUAGCCUUUUCAUAACACUCACUCUUGGAUGGCCAUUAUACUUGGCAUUCAAUGUUUCAGGCAGGCAUUACGAUCGUUUUGCUUGUCACUAUGAUCCUAAAAGUCCUAUCUAUUCAGAUCGCGAGAGGCUCCAAAUUCUCAUCACUGAUGCGGGUAUUUUAGCUGUUACAUAUGGCCUCUACCGCCUUGUACUGGCAAAAGGCCUUGCUUGGGUGCUGUGUGUUUACGGAGGACCAUUGUUGGUGGUAAAUGGAUUUCUUGUUCUAAUUACAUUCCUGCAACAUACUCACCCUUCAUUGCCUCACUAUGACUCAUCCGAAUGGGACUGGUUAAGAGGAGCUCUAGCAACAGUAGACAGAGAUUACGGAAUCCUUAACAAGGUCUUCCAUCAUAUAACAGAUACUCAUGUAACACACCAUCUGUUCUCGACAGUGCCGCAUUAUCACGCUGAAGAGGCAACCAGGGCAAUCAAGCCCAUUUUGGGAGAAUAUUACCAGUACGAUGGGACAUCGAUCUUCAAGACAAUGUAUAGGGAGACAAAGGAAUGUAUUUAUGUCGAGCGAGACGAAGGUGAAGACCAGAACAAAGGUGUGUUCUGGUAUAAAAACAAGUUAUAAUGAUGAAAUAGUCCUAAAAUUUGCAGGCUGGAAAUUGUACCUUCACUUCUCCAGGUAAAAUUCAGAACCUGCUUUGAAUUGAACUAGUUUAUCUUGUUUUCAUGCAAUAAUUUUAAAUAAUAGCCCCAGUUUUUACUACUUGUAAGAUCCAGGAAGUUUUUUUUAUUUCAAGUUUGUUUAAAUCUGUCUAAUUAUGUCAUGCUUCUUUGUAAAUUCAGUUUGCUUUGCAUGUAAGCAGAAAAAUCUGAUCUUCCAUUAUGGUGCAAAAUUUCUAGUUAUUACUAUUGAUAACUUUGGUAAA